AUUCUGAAUGUUUCUCUACACAAUCAUUCAUAUUUUUUGACAACGAAAUACGAAGCUUUAUCCUUCUAUAGACAGGUGUAUAGAGUCUAUAGACACUUAAGUGUAUUCCGUGUAUUUGUAAAAGCUGAGAAACUUCGCAAAUAUAACGGAAAGUUCAGCCCCGAUGAAAUCGAACAAAGUUGAUCCGUUUACUGUCGGCUUUCGUGAAGACGUACCGUUAACAGAAUGUGGAUUCAUCAACGAAGGAAUUUCAGUCCCGGAAGAGAAGAUCUCCAUUGCUGGACAGCGUUUCAAAAACAAGGCACGAAAAAUCGCGUCUGUUAAGGCCAUCACUCACGCGAAGAUAUCUUCAACUCACUGGCGGGAGAAAGCAACGAGACUCGUGAUGCGGCGUUCAAGAAGUAAACGUUCGAGACAGCAGAAACCAUUCAACGUUAUUGAUACGAUGAGUGGAAGGAAACACACGCAAGCAACUCUUAGCGAUAUUGAAGACGACGAGGAGCCUUAUCAGGAUACCUAUAAAGAUGGAACACAAAGACCACAAACAUCCUCAUCCAAAGCUCCGAAUGUUGAUACCCACAGCAAAGCUCUUCUCCACUACUUUGCAAAGGUUGCAGCGUCAGGAAACGAAGACGAAGUGAUUGAUCUUGAGUUCGUUCACUCUUUAAUCACCAACGGUGCGUCGGUACAAACCACAGAUCGUCACGGCCAGAGCGUUUUACACGAAGCUGCUAGAGAUUGGGACCUAGGAAUCGCCGAGUUCCUUGUAGACAAUGGCAUUGAUAUAAACGUAGCAGAUAAAUACGGAAGAACACCUCUGCAUGUUGCCGCUGCAGUCGAUUACCCAGAAAUGGUUCAAUUUCUGCUCCUACGCGACGCGUCUAUCGGAUCAAGAACGUAUGGGGAAGAACAAACGCCUCUACAUUAUGCAGCGAAAAACGAUGCCACAAACUCGCUCAAAAUGCUGUUGAAAUAUGGCGCUGAUAUCGAUGCAAGAGACUAUAAGAAUAGAACUCCUUUACAAAUCGCUGCGGAGCUGGAUCGAUCAGAGACUGCCAGAUUGUUGGUAGAAGAGGGAUCACAUGCUGGUGUUAGGGAUGUGAAUGGAUUAUCAGCGCUUGUUCUGAUGAUAACAAAAAUGCCAUCAGUGGCUCAAGAAGCUCUUAAUCAGUUCCAUUCCCUUGAUCGCGCAAACAGAAAGGAAUACUACUUCUUGAAUUUCCUGGAACCCUUAGUUCCAAGAUGUCUUUCUGAGGGAGACGCGAAGACCCCGCUGGAGGUUGUAGUUGAACAUAAACAGUUUGAUCUCAUAAUGCAUCCCGUGUUUCAAAGACUUAUCAAAGUGAAAUGGGAGUACUUUGGACGGAGCGGAACCUGGAUCCAGAUGAUCAUGAAUGUUGGCUUUGUUCUUGUUUGGACUGUACUCGCCAUCACGUUGCCAGGCAACACCGCUCAACAUUAUCUUCCAAUAUCCAGGAACUGGUGGAGACUCGGGCUUGAAGGUGUCGCCGUGGUAUUAACUCUUGUGGAGAUCUACGUUGAACUGAAAGAGUUCUCGAAGUCAAAGAAAGAACACCAAAAAUGGCUGAAUUGGCGUGAGCAACAGCUGGUUAGUGAUCUGGACUACUGUCAUCCACGAUGGCCUGGUGAGAAGAAAUAUAUCGAUCAAGAAAAAUCAUCGCUACACUCUCAAAAUGUUUCCUAUUUUCACGAUAAUUGGAACUACUUUGACUGGGUCACCUAUGCAAUGAUCGGCGCCAGUAUCUUUACGCACAUCGUGAAACUUUCGGAAGGUAGCGAGACCACGGCGAAGAUUCACCGACGGGUCCUAGCGGCAACGAUAAUCUUCAUUUGGCUUCGUUUGAUGAAGACCGCCCGAGCGUUCACGACCCUGGGGCCAUUCGUGGUCAUGUUGAGUCACUUCGUUGGAGAUACUUUGAAAUUUGCGUUUUUAUAUCUUUUGUUUUACAUUCCGUUCAGCGUGGCGUUCUGGAUGAUCUUCGGAGCGGAGCAAAGUACAGCGGUUGAUGGUUAUGGAACGGUCGAGGAGCUGCUUUUCAGCAUGCUACGGUUGACUGUCGUUGAUGAUUACAAUUUCGAAGGCCUGAGCGAAGCAGAUCCACUAAUGGCCAGAUUAUUGUGCGGUUUAUAUCUCACUCUCUCUGCAAUCAUCUGCUUGAAUCUCUUUAUUGCUCUCAUGUCGGAUACUUUUCAACGCGUCUACGACAACGCUAAGGCCAACGCUGUGAUGGAACAAGCUGCGAUGAUUUUGAAUUUGGAGUCAAAACUCUCUGUCACAAAACGAAAAGCUUGCUCGGACUUCAUUCAACAAAGCUGUAAUCCGGAGGAACUUUACUACGAUGACGACGCCGUCAAUGACAUCGAAGGUGAACUGAAGAAAGUCACAUUUCAAGUCAAGGAACAAUUAAACGACGUCCACGAGAUACUAAACGAGCUGCACAGCGGACAAUCGUCGAGAUCCAGGGUCGAGUCCGAUCUGAACUUCCUCCGAAGGACAGUCAGCGACCUUCAACGUGAGCAAAUCAACACGGUAGGUAGAGUCGAGCAAGACGUUGCCGAAAUCAAGUCAUUCCUCAGGCAAUUGAUGACCGCCGGGCAAGCUACGAAAUCACGUCGGAAACGGUCGGCAAGUAUCGGUAGCACUGACGCAACCAUGCCGGUAAUCGACGAGAACGAAACGAGUGAAACCGUGCAAUCUCGAGAAUAAGACUAUAUGUAACUUAACAGAGACGUUACUUUUUAUUUUGUCAUUCCGAUAAUGACGAGAAUCCCACAAGUCAUGAACGGUCAUUUCAUAAAAAGGUUUCGUGUGUCUCUUUGUGAGAAUCUUUGGUAACACAGAAACCAUACCACGGCUUCUUUCACUAAUUACGCGCCGUCACUUUGACGUAGCUGUCCCACAAUUUUGACAUUUUUUAUAUUUGUUUGUUCUUAAACACAAAUUUUGCAUUUAAAUAAACAAUUGCAUAAUUCGUAAGGUAAACACGCCACAGUACUUGCAUGCAACGAGGAUUAUGUUACGUUUAAAACCAGAGUCUUUUGUUUCGUGCAGUUUCAUGAAUCAAAAAGCAAAAACAGUUGAGGAACGCACGGGCAAUUCUGAUACACGAUACAUCUAUAUGAAUACACAAAAAAAUAUGACGCAACUCUGAGUUUUGCCCCCAAUACUUCCGAUCUCUAACCUUUGGACAAACAGGAACUUAUAGAGAUAAGUCAUGCAUGUCUGAACAUGUAUGUGGUCAAUAAAAUAUAAUUUCAAAUUCGUGGUUUUGAUUUUCUUGGUAAAUAGCUGGUUCGAAGCGCAGCAUCGUAUAUAACAGGUACACUGGGCUUUUUAUGCACAAAUAUUGGAAGACGCAGGACCAUAACAAGAAAACACGAAACAUCUGGUAACAAUACAACGUCAAAGAAAAACUCUUUAUAAACAGAGUAGUUCAGGAAGUCCUUGAGGAAUCAAACGACUCCAAAUCCCAUCCGAUAUUCACUGAACUUUUUGGAAGGAGUAAACACAUUUGUUUCUUUAUUCCAAUCACAAACUGAAAUCGUCCGCCAGACGCCUGUCAGGAGAGGAAAACAACUGUUCCUGUUACCACGACGAAGCUCAGUGAACACACCAAGAACUUUACUUCGCUAAUAUUCAAUGUUGACAGACGUCUGUGUAUGAAAGCAGCCAUUUCAGGUGGACACAAAUCAUAUUUCUUCUAGAUCUGUGAUCCUGCAAUUCACUAUUGUCACCUAAAGCAUCGUCCAUCUUCCCGUAUCUUUCGAGAACCAGGAAGGAAGUCUCACGAUCAAUCUUUUCCAAGAAUCUUUCGGCUGUGUCAGAAUUUAAAGUCUUUCAAUUUCAAGUGAAAUUAUACAACAGCAGAAAGAGUUCUGCGUGAA